CGCAGUUUUUCCUUUUUCCACACGGUCAGUUUGCGAGCGAGGUCGUACUGUUUACAAAUUUUCAAAUUGGCGCCAUGGUUUGUUAUGGCGGAUGAAGAACAGGAGGAAAAUUGGCCAGAAUUCUUCGAAAAUAAUCGACUUAUUCCCGUCCAUCCCAACAGGAGGAAGUCAGGAUCACAAACAAAGCCUAAUGUCCCAUUCUGUCUUUUGUUGAAAUCUGUAAUCGGGAUUUCAUUACCGCCAGCUUCCCAGGAUGCCAACCCCCAAGAUGUAGAAUUCCAGUUGCGUCUAACACUAUAUGAUGCUGCCAAUAAGUGCUUUUUUGGAAGUACAUGGCUAGGACCAUACUUUCCAAGCAGUGGGAAAGAAAAUGGCAGGCAUAAAGUUGUCUGUGAUGAGGCUGUCUAUUUUUACUCAUCCUUACACGACAUCACAUGUGUUGGAGUAGUUGAAGUCUCAGGAGAAGUGAAUGGUCAAAGUAUUGGAUGUGGCUGGACUCUGAUCAGAAUUUUUGACCGAGUCUCAGAAUUGACUGAAACUACUACACGACAGCCUACACCCAAAAGCAUUCCUUUGUAUUGUGGCUCACCUGCUGGUCUGCUCUGCAUUUCUGAAACAAUUGAAGAUUCACCCAGUCUGCUUCCAAUUGAGGGAUGCAGCUUGAGUUUUGUUCUUCAAAUCCAUCCGCCACUGGAGAGAGUGUUUCAUCUGAUUCCUGAAAAUGCUGUCUUGAGUGGGGAUGACUUUGUUCCAGGAGUUUUGGAACCCCAACCUGACGGUUCUGGAAUAGUUGACAUUUUGAAGAAACCCAGGCUGGCCAAGACUACCCCAAGUUUUAUAAAUAAGUUGAGUAUUCUGCUGUAUCCAUCUGUUGAAGAGUUUGAAGAUGAAUUACGACAGAUACUUAACCAUGACAGGCUUCACAAGAACAAUAUCAUUCCUGAUGAUGGCCUUCAGAUCUCAGUUGUUGAGAGGAGACUUAAGGUUUCAGUGCACAAUGGCUGGAAGUUUGUAAGUGAGCCACAUAUUGUUUACCUUGAACCAGAGUAUGAAGGUGGAAAAUCGGGAAGAAAGUCGCCAGCAUCACAAUCAUCUUUAAGAGGAAAAAUCCUUUCUUUGGUCCUUCGAAGUCGACUGGAGCUCAAAGAACUUGUUCAUCACCCACUGUUUGCCAUUAUUUUUGAACUGGAGUAUGUUACAUCUGAACCAUUUGCUCAGCCAUUAAUUGAAACAAAACGUAAAAAGCCAUCCCUAUCAGGCAGUUUGAUGCGGUAUUCACCCAGUCUGCUUCCAAUUGAGGGAUGCAGCUUGAGUUUUGUUCUUCAAAUCCAUCCGCCACUGGAGAGAGUGUUUCAUCUGAUUCCUGAAAAUGCUGUCUUGAGUGGGGAUGACUUUGUUCCAGGAGUUUUGGAACCCCAACCUGACGGUUCUGGAAUAGUUGACAUUUUGAAGAAACCCAGGCUGGCCAAGACUACCCCAAGUUUUAUAAAUAAGUUGAGUAUUCUGCUGUAUCCAUCUGUUGAAGAGUUUGAAGAUGAAUUACGACAGAUACUUAACCAUGACAGGCUUCACAAGAACAAUAUCAUUCCUGAUGAUGGCCUUCAGAUCUCAGUUGUUGAGAGGAGACUUAAGGUUUCAGUGCACAAUGGCUGGAAGUUUGUAAGUGAGCCACAUAUUGUUUACCUUGAACCAGGGUAUGAAGGUGGAAAAUCGGGAAGAAAGUCGCCAGCAUCACAAUCAUCUUUAAGAGGAAAAAUCCUUUCUUUGGUCCUUCGAAGUCGACUGGAGCUCAAAGAACUUGUUCAUCACCCACUGUUUGCCAUUAUUUUUGAACUGGAGUAUGUUACAUCUGAACCAUUUGCUCAGCCAUUAAUUGAAACAAAACGUAAAAAGCCAUCCCUAUCAGGCAGUUUGAUGCGGUCUCAGAACCAAACUGUAACGUUACGGUGGGCAAUGUGGCUGCCAUUUGAGGGUGGAAGUCGUGAUGAAAGAGAGACAACACUGGAACUCACUGGGGGCUGUCAGGACUUCCCCAGUAACAGACUUGUGUACACUAGCAAGCCACCAACACUUUCUGGCAAGAAGGCACCUAAAUCUGGUGGAACAUUGAAGUUCCUGUUCACACAGCAGCGCAGGAGAGGAAGCAGUAUUCAUUCCUCCACUCAAGGGUCGCAGAUGCUGAGGGUCCCCACAUCCCCUGGCCUACCCUCUCCAGGUCCAUUUGACACUGUGGGAGGGAUGUUCAGUUCAUUUGGCAAUGUAGCAGAGGGUGGCCAUCCAGGAAUGCCACUGACACCUGGAGUGGCAUCUCGACCACCACUUCCACCAGGGAAUAGGAAUACCACUGAUCAAUGCCUGGUGCGGCAUCUUGACCACCACUUCCACCAGGAAAUGGGUAGAUUUAACUAUUUUAUUGAUCAGGAACUUUCAGUAUGCAUUAUUUAUUGUUUUUUAUACAGUGGACCCACAACUAUGACUCGUGCGGCCUAUGCACGGCUGUCUAGUGCUGGAUUCCCGUCAAUUGUCGAUCGCCGUGGCAAUCCUCCACAAGUGAUUGAUCCCAGAGAGGAACUACCGUUACACUUAGAUACUGAAGGAAUGGAUCAACUCCUCGGCAAUGAGAUUAUCAUCCAGUUUCUUGCACUGUCAAGGUGCUACAACAGGACUUCCUUUUUCUCAUUCCAAUUUUACCGUUUUCCUCAAGUUACCACUGAAAGAGUGUAUCUCAAAGACACUGACAGUCAAUCACAAGGUAUUCCAUGUGUGCUACAAAAGUUUAACAAAGACGAAUCAAUGUCAGAUGAAUCUCCUGGACUGAUGUUGCGCUAUAUGGUGGACCCUUCAUAUAUGCAGCCUGGAGAGGGUCGUGUGUUUAGUCAGUAUCUUCUGAGUCAGGCGUUACACAUUGAUGUCUGGGAUGGGGAUUCACUCCUCCUGAUUGGCUCGACCACACUGCCUCUUAAGCACUUAUUGCGUCAAGGCCGUGAGGCUGUGAUUGUGGCGCAUGAAUUGGAUGUCGUUACCAGUGAGAUUUCCGAAGAAGCACCAUCACAGGCUGGAGACAUGACUCGCACGGGAACAAUUCGUCCAUUUGGUAUCAAGUCUGUUGUUGAAGCCAGGCUUCAUCUUCGAGUAGCAAACAUUGGACACUCCAGCGAAGCACCAAAAGGCAAACUUGGUACAGUUCCCAAGAAACAUUCCACUGUCGUGGUGUCGGAAACUGUCAGAGAAACAGGAACUACCAAUGGGCUAACAGGAAACAAGGUGCGGACUAAACUGAAAGCCAAACAAAUGGCUGAAUGCGAUGCUGAGCUUGCAGCAGUGCUGUUCAGUAGACAGGACAAAAUAGCUAAAGAUGAUCAACCAGUGAGAGAGGCUGAUGCCAUAAGGAAAAGAAAACUUGAAAGAAUGCUGGCUGUUCGGCAGAUCCAGGGAGCUGAUAAUUCUACAGGGAAUUUAAUAAUUCAAAAAGAGGAAAAGUUACAAAGAACAAGAGACCUCAAAACUAUCCAGCUCUACAGAGAGAAGCUCAGACAUGAGAAGAUUCUGUCUUCGCUGGCGGGUAACAUCACAACCAGUCACACAAUCUACCCGUCAUUCGGCACAGCGGAAUUUUUUGAGUUUGUGCUGAGAAAUCCUUACUCCACGGAUCAAACUAUCACCAUUCAUUGUGACGACAACGAACUCAAAGUCAUAACAGACACUAGGGAAUGGAGACAUUUCAAGAGGAAAACUGAGACUCGUUCAGCUCUAGAAGAAAACAUGUUUGACACCGCCUCUACCAGCCCCUACCCACAAGUGUUCUUAAGGCCCAGGGAGACCGUGCACAUCCCGUUCAAGUUCCAGACCUUUAGAGCGGAUCAAAGCGUCCCUGAACAGGGCCCUUCUCACCCGCUCAAACAUCAAACCCAGACAUAUUUAAAGACGAGCACGUCAGAAGAAAACAACCUGAAACCUCGUCAAAUUAAGGUGUCAUUCAUGAACAAAGACGAGUGUCCUGUGGCCAUCCUGACCGUGCAAGCGGAACCUCGACCUCAUGUGGUGGAUAGAACAUUUAGGUUCUACCACGCAGAACAGUCGUUCUUAAAGAAGACCAUCCGGCUGCCUCCUUGGCGAUCUCUACCAGGAGCGCCGGUGAUGGACGAAAAUACCCAACCACAAGUUCACGUGCGAUGUAGCGACGUCAAUGCUGUUUGUGAAGCCAGAAAAAUGCCGUCAGGUGAACCACAGGACGUCUUUCUCAAGAUCGCUUGUGGACCUUCACCUUCUGUCAAAAGGUUUUUCGUUCUUCUGUACAUAGAUCCUUUCCUCGCUGAACCUUGUCAAACAUGGCAGCUGUAUGUUCAUUCAUUACAAAGAAUUGACAUGAGCGCUGUACAAGGUCAGAGCAGUCGUCUGUCGGUGAUUUUACGUGGGACCCAGUCCAGUCGCCUUGUUCAAUGCUUUUCAUCUCACCCCGAGGAACUACAGGUUUCGCCGACAGAUCCAAUCAUGUUAAUGGCUAAUGCUGUUCAGGAAGUUCAUCUCACGCUUCGGCCCCACACAUCCGGGAGCACGCGUUAUAUGUAUGUUAACGUAGUUGAUGUUGAAUUUCAUCAACUUGUGAGAACAUGGCUGGUGUGUGCCUCUUGUCAAAUGCCCGUCAUUUCCAAAUCGUUUGAGCUCCAAAUCCAAGUUGGCGGAGGAAAGGGUUCGAACAAGCGUGUAUCGUUCGCUAAUCCUUAUCCAACGAAAAAGACAUUCCAUUUGAAGUGUAACAGGCCAGAUUUACUACAAUUCAAAGAAAACAUCAUUGAGGUUGGUCCUGGUGAAUCGCAUAGUAUUGGACUUCGAUUCACUCCGCAACAGUUUCCUGGAAAAGCUGAAAUAUUCAUCUUCAUCAACGACUCGGAGGACAAAAAUGAAGAAACUUUUAGCAUCAACGCGGUCUACACAUAGCGCUAUAUACGUCCGCAAAGAAGCAGCGACUUUAGAUUGGAUAAUUACAGCUCAAGAUCAAAGACACAGCUUAUUUUCAAAUGCUAAAAUUGGAUAUUUAACUUUGGACUCUAGUUUCGUGACCGUACGCAAAUAUUUAUUAAUAAAGUAUAGUUUAUGGCUAGUUAUUUUUGAUCUCCCACUCCUUUAUACUUUGAAUGUUAUAUGUUUUCCUUUGAAUGGUGGUAGUAGUGGGGGACUAUACAUAAGCUUAAAUCAACUACUAGUAAGUGUUUUAUGUGGAUAUUUAAUACACAAAACUGUCAAUCCUCCUGGAGGCAUCUUCAACAAGAGGAUAAAGAAACUUUGUUUUGUCAUAUGUGCAAAGAUAAAUUUUUCUAGAGCCAGCCAUUAUGUUUAAAGCAAAUGCUAAAUCACGAACUGGUAUUUUAAGAGACUAU